AUGUAUACUUCAUCUCAUGGCAAUGCAAAGCAUGCACCAGCAGGGUAUCCAGCAACCGCCAUGAAUGCACAUCCUUUGCACGUCUCACCUUUCCAUGGAACAGCAAGCGCUACGGGGUGGUCUACUGGCCUUUGCCAUUGUUGUGAUGACCCUGCCAAUUGUUUGAUUACUUGUUUAUGUCCAUGUGUUACCUUUGGACAAAUUGCUGAGAUAGUGAACAAAGGGUCCAUCUCUUGUGCAGCAAGUGGUGCAGUUUAUGGACUGCUGGCUCUUCCAGGCUUAUCCUGCUUGUACUCGUGUGUUUACAGGUCAAGGUUGAGAGGGCAAUAUGACUUGGAAGAGGCUCCUUGUGCAGAUUGCUUGGUUCAUUUCUGCUGUGAGACUUGCUCACUUUGUCAGGAAUACAGAGAGCUCAAGAACCGUGGCUUUGAUAUGGGAAUUGGUUGGCAAGCAAAUAUGGAUCGACAAGGCAGAGGAAUUACAGUUGCUCCUGUUGUUGGACGUAUGGCCAGAUGAUCGAACCCAAAGCACUCCACCAA